UAGAAAAUCAUGGCAUAAACUAUUUUUGUGUUUGUCCAACAAAAUAAUCUAACAACAAUUAUGUGAACCACCACAUAAUUAUAUCCAAUAAUGACGAUACUUGCUAAGGAACAUAUAAACCGUAAAUAUUAUUCAGGUCCAUUCAGAUGUCUGCUACAUCAUGGAACGCUCCACCGACGACAGUUCUGAUCCAGUUCUGUUCGCAAAAAGCGAAUCGUCACUGUCCUUGAGCUCAAAUUCAGAAGAAAAUAUUAAAGUAAUAUCAUAUUUGGAUAGUAAUUACCAAAUAACAAGUUCAAAACACUAUUUAUACUGCUAUGUACCUGAUAGAUACAGUAGUACACAGGCAAAGCAAUCCGCUUAUAUUUCGGAUGACUCCAGCGGUGAAGAGUUAGUUAUCCGUAAUAGAUCAGUGAGUGUGGAGAGCGACGCGAGCCACUAUACUGACUUGGAAGAUAGCCAUGGAACAAUACAUGGGCAUAGAUACAUUGUAUACAGACUGUCUCAACAAAACCAAACCGAAAUGUAUAGUACUGAAAUAGAAAGAUUGAGGAACAAGGAACCAGUAAUAGUCAUUGAUAAUCUAAAUGGCAAACAUGAUAUACAAACAAUGGUAAAUCAAAUUCUAGCGAAAAAUGAAUUCUCCAAGGUUUCCUCACUUUAUGUUGUUGUACCAACAUCAGACGAAGAUGUUUCUAAACCUGUGAAGGCACCUCCUCGGUCCACAAUUUGUGUACAGUUAUCAGAACACCAUAAUUGGAACGAAAAUGACGAGAUUGAUGAAACAGAAUUAGUUUCUCCCCAUACACGUGGCUUGAAGAUAUCAACAAAAGGUAAAAAGUUUUGUUUGGAAGGUUUACGAGAGACACUAUCGUCUCUCAAUGAGGAGGAAACUACGAGUAAGGUCAAACGUCCAAACUUUUUAAAAAGAUUCCAUAGGCAUUCAAAGAAAGAAAAGAUGGAAACGCCAGAAAGUACAGAAGAAAAAGAAUCGAUAGUAAACAGAGUGAAGACAACAAAGAACAAGCUAUGUCAAAUAACUACUCCUGAAGAAAUGUUUCGCAGAUUUCCUCGAAGUAUGAGUACUGACACUGCUGUCAUCGACCAAGCAUACUGUGAUUACACUAAUGACAAACUCAAUGAAUCAUCGAAUGUCGUAUCUGAACUGAUCACUCCUCUACUCGUAAACCAAGGUUUGAAAUGCGAUACACAUCGAAGCAGGCCGAUGAUGAUGAGCGUGACGCAACAAGCAUCAAUCGUGUCCAUGAGCCGUGGGUGCUCAGUAGCUCCAUGCCAGUUGUCUACUAUCGGCCGAGAACGCCGCAACGCUGUGCAAUUGGAUGAAUGUCCAAUACGGGCAAACUGUCCAGAAGAAGACACCGACAAGCCUCCAGAUAUACCGGAUAAUUGUCGUUGCUGCCCUGAAAAACUAAAGCAAAUGUUGCAACAAGCACUAGAGCAAAAGGCACAGAAUUUGAGGUCCACAGGAUGUGGUGGUGUUCCUGAAGAUACAGGGGGAAAUACAGACUUUGGCAAAAUAUUCUACUCCUUAGCAAUACGCACGAGGAAGCUUGAUGCGAAGCGCUUCGUGCAUAUGGGUUGGACUUCUACCAUUAAUCGGUGA